GCCAGCUGUACUGUACUCAUUUUAGUUGUUUACAGUUGAGGCAGAGUACAUAUUUAGUGUGAUUUAAAUUUGGUUAGAUUUUAUUGACAGAACAGAAGCUGCAUAGAAAAUGAGGUUCACGUCGUUGCUGUUGAGUAAAGUUGGAGAUUUAACCAAACAGUAUUCGAAUUUGCCGGAGACGUACAUCAAAAGGGCUAUGGAGAAAGUAUAUUGGCGUACACCACGGGGAUUUCCUCAGUACCUGCCAAGGACUGUUGCAAAGAAGAAAUAUCGAUUUACUACUAAUCGACCAUGGACUGGUCAAUUUGAACAACAGAACAUGUCUCGGCAAAGGAAGAAAGUUUUCUUAGAGCCUGUACUUGAAUGGAGCUUCUUCAGAGGAGAUCGUGUCGAAAUUCUUGUGGGACCAGACAAGGGAAAGCAAGGCAUUGUUUCACAAGUAAUACAAGAACGUAAUUGGGUUAUUGUUGAGGGAAUGAACUGCCAUUUGCGAACCAUUGGAAAAUCAAAGGAUUUUCCUGGUGUUGUUAUCCGGUCAGAGGCCCCACUUUUGGUCACAGAUCAAGUUGCUCUUGUUGAUCCAUCAGAUUUACAACCAGCAGCUGUGGAGUGGCGUUAUACGGAAGAUGGAGAUAAAGUGAGAGUUUCCGUCAGGACAGGAAGGAUAAUUCCCAUUCCAAAAUUGGCAGCAGAAACUCAUGAUUAUAAAACAAAGAACACUUACAAAGAGUCUGAGAAGGAUACAGGAAGAGAUGAAGUAGCAGAAAUUACAUUUGAACCAAAGCUAAAAACUUUUGAAAUGGACAUAAUGGAUUCAAUGGGUAUAAAAGAAGACAGGGUUCCAGCAAAGACAUAUUGGUACUAGUCCUUUGAGAUAGUUAUUAGGGUCAGAACACACUAACAACAAAAGGACUUCCUUAUGGACAUCAGAGAUGUUAUUUAUUUUUCCUCCUAGCUUUAAAAAAAUAUUUUUGUUAAGUGUGCAGAGUUAUGUACUGUUUCAUAAACAGACCUACAUAUGUUAAUAGUUUCUAAAGAAAAUAUAAUGAGCAUGCUUUAUUGAUUUAAGUCACUGCAUCAAUUUUGUGAUGAUGUGGUUCAGUUUUGUGUUCCACUACAUAAGCUUUUGUAUAUCUAAAACCUUAACGCAGAUAUGAGUGUAUGUGAGAUUGUUUGUGAUUAGUCAGUCAUCCCGAUAAAGUGUGUUGUAAUGUACAUAAUUGUAUUUACCUCCACAAAAUUAAAAAGAGUAAUUUUUUUUUGCUUGUGUAAAAACUGACCGGUUUUCUAGGUAAUGAUAGAGAUGUGUCUAGGUGGUACAAAGGAAUACAUGACAAUAACAUGUCUACUAAUCUUCCA